UUUUUUUUUUUUUUUUUUUUUUUUUUUGGUCCAACUCUCAUCCAUUCAGCGAGUGUCAUCAUGGCUGUCAAGUACUCGGUCCAAGCAUCAUCGCAAGACGCUGCGUUUCUCUCCGCGCUCGCUGCACAUUGGAAACUGAGCGCAACCGCCGUCGCGUCCAAGGACGACGAGCCGUCCGUCAACGGAGCCAUCGGACUCGCUGCUGUCGCCAUUGCCCUGCUUGAGGCGUCGCCCGCCGCGCUCGCUGCCGGAUGGCUCGGCGCCUCGGCCGCAGACCGUGCUACAGUCCUCAACUGGACGUUGUUUGCUGUCAAUCAAGUGCGCGCCGCAGAGCAGAACGCUGCUCUUCGCACCGCCCUGUUUGUUGAUCUCAAUGCCGCGUUGCGCGAGCGAACUUACAUUGCUACAUCCAGCAUUUCCCUUGCUGAUGUCCUUCUGCACUUUACCUUGUGGCCGCUCGUGAGCGCUCUGGACCACGUCGGCUAUCGUCAAGUUCCCCAUCUCACUCGUUGGUUUGACAACGUGCAACGUACGCUGAACGUGCGACCGAUCCUGGCGCUGCAACUCAACCAGUUUUACAUAGCUCAAUCGCUGCCGGUUCUCCGCCUCCCUCGUGUCCAAGCUGUUGCACCGACCGCUACACCCACACCGGCUGCCGCUGCAUCUUCAUCACGGCAGGCCAAGUGAGUUUGCGGCAACGUGUUGUCUCGCGACCAAAAAAAUAAAAAAUAAAAGGGAAAACGUAACAAAAGAAAACCUUCUGAAAUAAAAUUACGCUA